CUCUUCUAAGAUCCUCACACCAAUUGAAAAGUCUGUCUGCCAUAUUACUUAGAAAAACUUAAUAUUUUUCAGGUAAAAAAAUGGUUAAUGAGUGUACAUCAAAGUAGUGUCGUCCUUCGUGCAGUGAACGUAUAUCAGAAUUACUAGUCGAGGAUGAGUUCAAAAGAAGCUGAUUCGAAUAUGGACACUUUCGUCGAUAACUUUGAGAUGUUAAAAACAUGUUCGAACUGCCAUAAAUCGGCUGAAGAGAAUGUUACUUAUAUGCCCUGCACACAUAAGUUGACAUGUUUCAGUUGUUCAGCGAACAUCAAGAAGUGUUACAAAUGCAGAGCGGACAUAGAAUCACGCGUGACUCCGGAUGGACAAGUAUUCAAGGUCACGGCCACUGGUAACGGUGGCAUUGAAGCCUUCUUGCAGAGGUUCAAUGACAGUUUACGAUGCAAUAUCUGUAAGAAUAGCACCGCUGAUGUUGCGUUCAUUUGCAGUCAUAAAGCAUGCUCCAUGUGCUCUCCAAAACUCACCAAAUGCCAUGUUUGCAAACAAGAUAUUUUCCUUAAAAUUAAAAUGUUCUAAUGUACUCAUAAUAUACUCAUUUAUUUUGGAUGCAAUAAAGAAAUAAUUGAUUUUGAUCAAUA